AUGUGCACCCUUCUGAGCUCCGAGUUUGCCAGAAAUGCCACACAACCGCCUCACACAAGUGAUACUUCCGACAGGUUGCCCGCGAGGUCACCAUCAUCUGAUAUCUCUAUUCUCAUUGUCGGUGGUGGUGUAGCUGGCUUGCUGGCUGGUCUCGAGUGUUGGCGCAAAGGACACGAUGUGCGAAUUCUCGAAAGAAGCCCAUCGCGGCUAUCGUCAGGCGACUCGUUUACUAUCGGCCCUACCGCGAUCCGUGUGCUGCAGAAAUGGCCAGAAAUGGCCGAGGAAAACGAGCUUAUCUCGUACGAACCAUGGAUUUCCUGGCAUAGGAUCACAGGAGAAAUGAUCUCAGGCCCGAAGCCCUUCGAACUGAAUCCUCCAAAGGUGAAUGCUGGAGACCAGGACAGCCAUUUUGUUCUCCAAGGUGGCGAGAGGCUUGAAGCGGACAUGGUCAUCGCUGCUGAUGGAAUCGGAAGCAUAUCUUCGAGUGUGACGCUAAACCAUGAAGUCCGCGCUCGUACUACAGGUUUCUCGAUCUACCGAGCCUCUUGUCCAAUUGAUCUGGCUCUCGCAGAUCCUGAUUUCGAAGAUAAAUUUCCACUCUUAGAGUCCGGCAUACCUUCUGGGCAACUUUGGCUUGGUGAUGGCGUGCAUGCGCUUUUCGGCAGAACACAUGAUGAGAUGGCAUGGUAUCUCACAUAUCCGAACCGGGGAAAAAGCACGGAAUCAUGGUCAAACAUGGUAGACCCCGAAACUGUCCUCCAAACUACAGCCACGAUCGAGGGAUGGCCCGAAUACGCGAACCGAUUAAUCCAGGCAACGCCUAAGAGCCAGAUUCACGACUUCAAGCUCAUGUGGCGUGAACCUCAACCUUGCUGGACUUCUUCCACUGGGCGAGUCAUUCAAAUCGGCGAUGCAGCCCACACUUUUCUUCCGUCCUCUGGAAAUGGUGCUACACAGGGAAUGGAGGAUGCUAUCUCGCUUGCAACAUGCUUGCAUAUUGCAGGGAAAGAUAAUGUGCCCUGGGCAACUCGGCUGUUGGGCGUGCUCAACCAUGAGAUCCGGAAUCGCUCUGCCAACGCCAAAGUGUCGCAGACAAAGCCAGUCGGUUUACUUGGUACUUGGAUUUGGCAGCAUGAUCCAGAGCAAUACGCGAUCGAAAACUACACUAGUGCACUCGCACAUCUGGCCGGUGGGAGUGCGUUUCAUAAUACCAACAUUCCUCCCGGCUAUGUCUAUCAGCCGUGGACUAUUGAUGGACUGCUGAAGGCUUUGGAGAUGGGUGAGGAGAUUGUCCUCGAUGGGGACUGGGAAUGA